AUGGAGUUACUGUGGGGAAAAGACGUUGAUGAACUCUGCAUCACCUGCUCGACUGCAAAAUCAGUGGAAGCGUUCCAUGAAGAUAUAAAACAAAUAGAACAUGUUCUGAAGCUGCAAGAUAACUCCAAGACUGGAGUCCAAGUACGCAAAGCUGACAAUGCAAAGGAGGAAAAAAACAUUGCACACCGUUUGCUGUACCCAGACUCAGUUUUGUUCAAACGCUGGGGUGCAGAUUUAAGGGAAGAGGAGCAAACUCUUGCACAGAAUCUGUUCUUAAGUUAUGGGUAUAAUGUUUACCUCAGUGAUCGUCUACCUCUGGAUCGACCUAUCAGAGACACCAGAUCUCCCAGCUGUAAAAUGAAAACAUAUCCGAAAGACCUUCCAACACUCAGUGUUGUACUUAUAUUUAUGAAUGAAGCACUGUCAGUCAUCUUACGUGCAAUUACUAGUAUACUUAACAGAACACCUUCUCAUUUAUUGAAAGAAAUCAUCCUGGUAGAUGAUUACAGUUCAAAUGAUGAUCUGAAAGGACCUUUGGAAACGCACAUCAAAAAUUACAAUGUAAAGCAACCUGGAAUAAUGAAGAUCAUCAGACAUCAGAAAAGACAAGGCCUAACACAAGCCCGGAUUUCUGGCUGGGAGGCAUCAACUGCAGAUGUUGUUGCAAUUUUGGAUGCCCAUAUUGAAGUGAACAUGGCAUGGGCUGAACCUAUUUUGUCUCGACUAAAAGAAGAUCGCACUGUUAUAAUAUCACCGGUAUUUGACAAUAUUAAUUUUGAUGACUUGGAGCUUCUUCAGUAUUCAGUGGCUGCAGAUGGAUUUGACUGGGCACUCUGGUGCCUUUAUGAACCUUUACCAGCUGAAUGGUAUGCUCUGAAAGAUGAAACAGCUCCAGUCCAGAGCCCAUCUAUAAUGGGGAUUCUUGCUGCAGAUAGGAAAUUUCUGGGUGAGAUUGGUGUACUGGACAGUGGAAUGCACAUAUAUGGAGGAGAAAAUGUGGAACUUGGCCUGAGGGCCUGGCAGUGUGGAGGUAAAGUAGAAGUGCUGCCCUGUUCAAGAAUUGCUCAUUUGGAAAGAGCUCACAAGCCUUACUUGCCAGACUUGAGCAUCAUGGUGAAACGCAACGCCUUGCGGGUAGCUGAAGUGUGGAUGGAUGAAUACAAGUACAUGGUCUACUUUGCAUGGAAUCUUCCAAUUGAGAAUCCUGGAAUAGACUUUGGAGAUGUUUCUUCCAGAAAAGAGCUAAGGAAAAAACUGAACUGUAAAGGCUUUGACUGGUACAUAAAAAACAUUUACCCCAAUUUAAUAGUUCUUCCCAACAUUGUUGGCUAUGGAACAAUGAAAAACACAUUGAAAGAAGACUUCUGUAUUGAUCAAGGCCCUGUCCCUGGAAACACACCAAUUAUGUAUCCCUGUCAUGCAUACUCACCACAGCACAUCUUUUAUCACAGCACUGGAGAAAUGUAUGUAGGAGGUUUACAUGCCCGACGGAAUACAGUUGAUAGAUGCCUAACAGACCCUGGGGAUGGGGACCUGCCAGUUUUAGAGCAAUGUGACACAGCUGUGAAUAAAGGCCUGAAUUUGCACUGGGAUUUUAAGCAGGGAUCAGCUGUAACCAACAGGAGCACUAAAAGAUGCCUCGAAAUCACAGCAGAAAAUCCAGUUUCAUACAGACUUGUAAUGCGGACCUGCACAGGACAAAGGUGGAAUAUCCAACACACGGUUAAGGACUGGGGAAAGACAAAAGACCUGGAACAGAAGACACAGUACUCAAAGCAUUGA